AUGACAAAUGAUGCGUCGCUAUCAAGCAUCUGUGCAAGUCUCUCGCUAUUUAAUGCGCAUAUUGCCGCAUUCGCGUCACCGCCUUCUCGAGUGCUAUACAGCGCCACCUCAUCUCGACCUCAUCACUUGCUUGUCUACUUUCAAAAUUUUGUUUGGCGGUCGUGUCAAGGACUCUGUCUUUUUUUCAGCCUCGCAUUGGACAAAUUAACCUCAUGCACCUCGGAUGCGUCGCCCAACUGUACCAGAUUGAUCGUUUUCGUGCACAGCCUCUGCUGCCGCGCCUGCAGCAGCCCACGUCUUCCGUGUCGCAACCAAAACGCGUCGCGGCACCUUAUUUUCCAACAGCCGCGCCAAACACCGUUCCAAUACCUAGAUUUUGAAUGUGAUCGUACGACUUGCCGUGUGUUUUGUGCGUUGUGGUCGCUCUAAUUUUCUCUAGUUUCGGUAAAAGGUUCUUCAACCUUUUGUCGCACCGCUCAAAAAA